AUGAGAGUCACCAUGAAAUCUUCUUCAUUAAUCAAACCGGCCGAACCAACUUGGACCGGUAGGCUUCCACUAUCCGAACUAGACCAGACUGGCAUGAACACACAUGUUCUUACCAUCUAUUUCUACACAAAACCUUCUCAGGACUGGGACACUGUCCUACAAACCCUAAAAGCUUCCCUCACCACCACACUUGUUCAUUUUUACCCUCUAGCCAGCCGGCUUUCUUCCAUUGCCGGUGGUCGCCUGGAGCUGGACUGUAAUGCAGCCGGUGUUCAGUUCAUCGAAGCUUAUUCCGACGUAAAACUGGCUGACUUAGAUGAUUUUGUGCAAUCUCCAAUAUUCCACCACCUUAUUCCUUCCGUAGAUUAUCGGCAUACACCCCUUGAAGAAAUCCCAUUAUUGCUUUUGCAAGCUACAAAAUUUGUGUGUGGAGGUUGGUCUUUAGGGUUUUGUAUAUCACAUGUUGUUGUUGAUGGGCAAAGUGCACUUCAUUUUCUGUCUGAAUGGGCUAGACUUUGUCGUGGUGAGCCGCUGGAUUCACCACCUCAUCUCGAUAGAAAAUGUUUGCACGCUGGUGAGCCUCCAACCAGAUAUUCAAGCAUCGAACAACAUGUACAGUUUCGUCCUCCACCGAUCCUUUUAGGUCAAUCAAGUAAUGUAAAUGAACGUACGAAGGAAACCACUGUAGCAAUGCUAAAACUAACUGAAACGCUUGUCGAAAAACUACGAAAUAAAGCUAACAAAAGCCUGAAAACUGAAACGGAGCGUGGGUUUACACGGUACGAGGUUGUAACUGCACAUGCAUGGCGAACAGCAUGCAAGGCUCGUAAUCUACAACCUGACCAGCCAACUGCAGUAGGCAUAUGUAUUGAUGUUCGAACCAGAAUGAACCCGCCGUUGCCGGAAAAGUACUUUGGAAACGCCAUUAUAGACGUGAUUGCCACUGGGACUUCCGUGAUUGAUUUCUUGAAAAAUCAAGAAGAUUUAUCAAAGUUCCAAGAUUUGCAACGAUCCGAGGACGGUGAAGGGCCGUUUUACGGGAAUCCGAAUCUGGGAGUUGUAAGCUGGUUAACACUGCCGAUGUAUGGUGUUGAUUUCGGUUGGGGGAAGGAAUUAUUUACAGGUCCAGGAACCGAUGAUGCUGAUGAUGGUGACUUUUUAAUUCUACGAGGGGAAGAGGGAGGUGGAUCUAUGGUUGUAGCAUUGUGUUUGCAAGUGAGACACAUGGAUGAUUUCAAAAGGGUGUUCUAUCAAAGCAUUGAAGAUUGA